AUGCAGCUCACCAGCCUCUUCACCACUGCUACCCUCGUCGUGGCUUCCACUGCCACUUAUGUUUCCUUUGACGCUGGCUAUGAUAACCCUUCUCGUUCUUUGAACGACGUGGCUUGCUCCGACGGAGUCAAUGGCCUCAUCACAAAAUAUCAUUGGCAAACCCAGGGCGAAGUCUCAAACUUCCCCUACAUUGGCGGGGUCCAAGGCAUUGAAUGGAACUCCACGCAGUGCGGAACCUGCCAUAGACUGCAGUACGGAGAUCGUAGUAUCCACAUCCUGGCUGUUGACGCCGCCUAUAACGGUGGCUAUAACAUUGCCUUGAAGGCCUUGAACACUCUCACCGAUGGCCAUGCUCUUGAGUGGGGACAUGUCAAUGCUGUGGCUACGCAAGUUUCUGUAAAGGAGUGUGGCCUUUAUACUGCGUACUGA